CCCUUUUCAGUAUGGCUGCCGUUUCUACUAUCCCCAGUAACGCUCCGAUUGGAGACUGACUCGAUUAUAUCUUAGUGCCUCCGACUUUUGUUUAUGUUUAAGAUAUUACUAAACCAUUUCAAAUUGCACCUAUUGCGUUCCCUUAUUUUAUUGAAUGAAAUAAUCUACCAACCAAGUUGGGCCUUUUCCCUAAACAACCAGCUGCCAACAAUUCGUAUCAACCAACAAUUUCCAAUGGUUUGAGUACACUUUUCGUUAUUUUCUUUUUUAAUGAACGAUGUGUGAAAACUGCGCCGAGCUGGUGGAGGUUUUAAAUGAAAUUUCAGAUGCAGACAGCACGGAAGGCCUUCAGCUGAAGAAGGAGCAUGCCUUAAGAGUCUUCAGUUACAUCAGCUCAUGGACCCAGAGGCAAUGUCUGUGCUGCUUCAAAGAGUACAAGCAGCUGGAGGUGUUCAACCAGCUGGUGUACGCCCUCAUCAGCCUGGUCAUCGCCCAGGUAACCAGCCUGAGGGACAGCCUCUGCUCCGCCCAGGACUCCGCCAACGGCGGGGGCGGGGCCCAGGGCCCGGAGUGGAGCGAGGGCGGAGCCAGGCCCGAGGCCCUCCCCCGGCCCUCCUCUCCCGGCGAGGAUGAGCCCCUGAACGUGGAGAGAGACUCGGCCGAGGAGGAUGGGGAAGCGCCCGACCAGAACCACAACAAGUCCCAGAGCCAAGGGGCGAGCCAGAGCAGCCCGGCCCAGCCCGAGGCUGCGGGUCCUGGGGAGGGCACCAGCUGCAGCGGGGCUGGAGGUAGCGUAGCGGCGACGGCUAGCGGUGGCAAUACAGACAACCAGGACCCGUUCAGCUCUUGGAGCACAGAGGAGAGGGAGAAGUUGCUACUGUGUGCUGCCAAGAUCUUCCAGAUCCAGUUCCCCCUUUACACAGCCUACAAACACAACACACACCCAACAAUAGAGGACAUCUCUGCUCACGAAAGCAAUAUCCUCGGCUCCUUCUGCGAUAUGAAUGACGUGGAGGUUCCCCUGCACCUGCUGCGCUACGUGUGCAUGUUCUGUGGGAAGCACGGCCUGUCCCUGAUGAAGGACUGCUUCGAGUCGGGCACGCCCGAGAGCCUGCCGUUCCCCCUCGCCCACGCCUUCAUCACCAUCGUCUCCAACAUCCGAAUAUGGUUGCACAUUCCCGCUGUCAUGCAGCACAUAAUACCGUUCCGCACCUACGUAAUACGGUACCUGUGCAAGCUGUCGGACCAGGAGCUGCGGCAGAGCGCGGCGCGCAACAUGGCCGACCUGAUGUGGAGCACGGUGAAGGAGCCGCUGGACAGCGCGCUGUGCUUCGACAAGGAGAGUCUGGACCUGGCCUUCAAGUACUUCAUGUCCCCCACACUCACCAUGAGGCUGGCCGGCCUCAGCCAGAUCACGAACCAGCUUCACACCUUCAACGACGUCUGCAACAACGAGUCUCUGGUGUCCGACACAGAAACGUCGAUGGCGAAGGAGCUAGCCGACUGGCUGAUCAACAACAACGUGGUGGAGCACAUCUUCGGACCAAACUUGCAUAUCGAGAUCAUCAAACAGUGCCAAGUCAUCCUCAACUUCCUGGCAGCGGAGGGCAGGCUUAGUACCCAGCACGUGGACUGCAUCUGGGCUGCGGCUCAGCUGAAGCAUUGCAGCAGGUACAUCCACGACCUGUUCCCCUCCCUGAUCAAGAACCUGGACCCAGUGCCUCUGAGACACGUCCUCAACCUGGUGUCUGGCCUGCACCCCAGCGCCCACACCGAGCAGACGCUGUAUCUGGCCUCCAUGCUGAUCAAAGCGCUGUGGAACAACGCGCUGGCAGCCAAGGCCCAGCUCUCCAAGCAGAGCUCCUUCGCCUCGCUGCUCAACACCAACAUUCCCAUGGGCAACAAGAAAGGCUCCCCGGCGGCCAGCCCUGACAGUAGUGACAACAGCGACACGCACCACAGCGGCGCCAGUGACAUGGACAUGGACGAGCAGAUGAUGGGCGGAGGCAAGCGCGGUCAGCAGCGGUUGUCCGACACUGAGGAGUCGAUGCAGGGCAGCUCAGACGAGACGGCCAACAGCGUGGAGGAGGGCAGCAGCAGCCAGGCCUCCAGCAACGAGGCGGCCUCUAGCCGCGCCAGCCAAUCGCCGGGCAGCCCCGCCAGUGAGAUGCACUCGGACGACAUGGCCGACAGCGAGCCCCUGAAGGAAGAGGAGGAGGAGGAGGAAGAGGAGGACGAUGAGGAGGAGGACGAGGAAGAGGACGACGACGACGAGGAGGAUGACGACGAAGAGGAGGAGGAGGACGAGGGCCAGGCGGCUGCGGCGAGUGCAGCGCAGGAGGGGAGCGCCCAGAAGGAGGUGCGGGACCCCCCGGAGGUGCGGAAGCGGAAAGCCGGCGAGGCGCUGGGGGAGGGGCAGGGUCACGGUGAGCGGCCGGGGGGAGGCGGUGGUGGAGGCCCCAAACCCAAGGGCCUCCCCUUCUCCCCGGAGGCCACGGCCGCCAUGGUCAACGCCGCCUCGGCCUCGCUGGAGGGCCGCAUGAGGAUGCUGGAGGCGUGCUCGUCCUCGGGGGCGGAGAGGGGCGAGCAGCAGGGGCCGGGGCCGGGCCCGCAGGGGGGGGCCGACAUGGGGCCCUCACCCAUGGUCCAGGGGCCACAGGAGCCGCCCUGCCUGCCCCGCCCGGGGGACUUCCUGGGGGACGCCAUGGGCAGCGAGCUGUUCAACUGCAGACGCUUCAUCGGGCCCCACCACCAUCACCACCACCACCACCAUGAAGGACACCUGGUGGAGGACAUGCUGAGUGCUGACGACGUGAGCUGCAGCAGCUCGCAGGUGAGCGCCAAGUCGGAGAAGAACAUGGCCGACUUCGAGGGGGAGGAGUCAGGCUGCGAGGAGGAGGAGCUGGUGCAGAUCAACUCCCACGCCGAGCUCAGCUCCCAUCUGCAGCAGCACCUGCCCAACCUGGCCUCCAUCUACCACCAGCACCUGGUGCAAGGGCCGGCCGUGCACAAGCACCAGUACACCGGCGGCCACGCCGUCACCGACAUCAACCUGGACAACGUGUGUAAGAAGGGCAACACCCUGCUGUGGGACCUGGUUCAGGACGAGGACGCGAUCCACCUGUCGGAGGGCCUGAUCAACGAGGCUGAGAAGCUGCUGUGCUCUCUGGUCUGCUGGUUCACCGAUCGCCAGAUCCGCAUGCGCUUCAUCGAGGGCUGCCUGGAUAACCUGGCCCACCACAGGUCCGUGGUCGUCUCCCUGCGGCUCCUACCAAAACUUUUCGGCACUUUUCAGCAGUUCGGCUCCAGUUACGACACCCAUUGGAUCACCAUGUGGGCAGAGAAGGAGCUGCACAUGAUGAAGCUGUUCUUCGACAACCUGCUGCACUACAUCCAGGAAGUGAGGGAGCAGAGACACAAGUUUGCCCUGUACGGCCACAGUGCUGAGGUCCAGGUACGCCUGCAGUUCCUCACCUGUGUCUUCUCCACCCUGGGCUCCCCCGACCACUUCAGGCUGAGUCUGGAGCAGGUGGACAUCCUGUGGCACUGUCUGGUGGAGGAUUCGGAGUGUUAUGACGACGCGCUCCACUGGUUCCUCAACCAGGUGCGCAGCAAGGACCAGCACGCCAUGGGCAUGGAGACCUACAAGCACCUCUUCUUGGAGAAGAUGCCCCAGCUGAAGCCGGAGACCAUCAGCAUGACGGGGCUCAACCUGUUCCAGCACCUGUGUAACCUGGCCCGCCUGGCCACCAGCGCCUACGACAGCGGCUCCAACUGCGAGCUGUGUGGGAUGGACCAGCUGUGGGGCAUAGCUCUCAGGGCCCAGUCAGCUGACAUCAGCAGGGCCGCCAUCCAGUACAUCAACUCCUACUACAUCAACGCGGGUAAGACGGGGCUGGAGAAGGAGCAGGAGUUCAUCAGUAAGUGUAUGGAGAGUCUGAUGAUGGCCUCGUCCAGCCUGGACAAGGACCCCCAGUCCAGCCUCACCAUCAUAGAGAGAGGCCUGCUCAUGCUCAAGACCCACCUGGAGGCCUUCCGACGCAGGUUUGCCUACCACCUGCGCCAGUGGCAGAUCGAGGGCACGGGCAUCAGCAGCCACCUGAAGGCCCUGAGUGACAAGCAGUCCCUGCCGCUGCGCAUCGUGUGUCAGCCGGCCGGCCUGCCCGACAAGAUGACCAUCGAGAUGUACCCCAGUGACCAGGUGGCAGACCUGCGGGCUGAGGUCACCCACUGGUACGAGAACCUGCAGAAGGAGCAGAUGAACCAGCAGGCCCAGCUGCAGGAGUUUGGCCAGAACAGCCGCCAGGCCGACUUCCCAGGUGGGUUGAUGGGGCCGGUCCGAAUGAUCUCGUCCGGUCAUGAGUUGACCACCGACUACGAUGAGAAGACCCUGCACGAGUUGGGCUUCAAAGACAUGCAGAUGGUGUUUGUCUCGCUGGGCGCCCCGCGGCGGGAGCGUAAGGGCGAGGGGGUGCAGCUGCCGGCCUCCUGCCUGCCCCCUCCCCAGAAGGAGCACAUCCCCAUGCUGCUCCUCCUGCAGGAGCCCCACCUCACCACGCUGUUCGACCUGCUGGAGAUGCUGGCCGGCUUCAAGCCCCCCGGCCCCAACGCCCAGAGGGCGCCCGACAACCCACAGAACAUGCGGUGUGAGGAGCUCCACCUCCACGCUGAGAACCUGUCGCGGCGCGUGUGGGAGCUGCUGAUGUUGCUGCCCACCUGCCCCAACAUGCUGCAGGCCUUCCAGAACAUCUCAGACGACACGGGUGGAGAGGGUCUGUGCUGGAAGGACCUGUUGAGGAUCAAGAGCCCCCACAAGCUGCUGUACGCCCUGGAGAUCAUCGAGGCUCUGGGCAAGCCCAACAGACGCAUCCACAGGGAGUCCACGGGAAGCUACAGUGACCUGUACCCAGACUCUGAUGACUCCAGCGAGGACCAGAUAGAGAACAGUAAGAACUCCUGGAGCUGCAAGUUUGUCUCCUCUGGAGGGCUUCAGCUCCUGCUGGAGAUUUUCAACUCGGCCAUCCUGGAGCCUAAGGACCAAGAGUCCUGGACAGUGUGGUUGCUGGACUGCCUGGCAUGUCUGCUCAAGCUCAUCUGCCAGUUUGCGGUGGACCCCGCCGACCUGGACCUGGCCUAUCACGACGUCUUCUCCUGGUCGGGCCUCACCGACAGCCAGCGCAAGCGGGCCUGGGCGGGCAAGGCCCGCAAGGCAGCCGGGGACCACGGCAAAGGGCUGCACAUCCCCCGCCUGACCGAGGUCUUUCUCGGCCUCGUCCAAGGCACCAACCUCAUCCAGCGGUUGAUCAACGUGGCCUACACCUAUGACAACCUCGCCCACAGGGUUCUGAAGGCUCAGUCGGACCACAGGUCCCGUCACGAAGUGACCCACUACUCCAUGUGGCUGCUGGUGAGCUGGGCCCACUGCUGCUCCAUGGUGAAGUCCAGCCUGGCCGACAGCGAGCACCUCCACGACUGGCUCAAGAAGCUCACGCUGCUGGUUCCAGAGACGGCGGUGAGACACGAGGCGUGUAAUGGCCUCUACAAGCUGUCCCUGUCAGGCCUGGAGGGAGGGGAGUCCAUCAACAGGUCCUUCCUGCUGCUGGCUUCCUCCACGCUGCUCAAGUUCCUGCCCGAUGCCCAGGCCCUCAAACCGCUCCGGGUGGAGGACUACGAGGAGGAGCCCCUGUUGAGGACGGGCUGUAAGGAGUACUUCUGGCUGCUGUGCAAGCUCAUCGACAACAUCCACGUCAAAGACGCCAGCCAGACUACCUUGUUGGACCUGGAUGCCCUGGCGAGACACCUGGCCGACUGCAUCCGGAGCCGUGAGAUCCUGGACCAGCAGGACGGGGCGGUGGAGGACGACGGGCUGACGGGCCUGCUGCGGCUGGCCACCAGCGUGCUGCGCCACAAGCCGCCGUUCAAGUUCUCGCGCGAGGGCCAGGAGUUCCUGCGCGACGUGCAUGACCUGCUCUUCCUGCUGCCCAGCCUGGCCGACCGCUCGCAGCCCAAGGCCAAGUCCCACGCGGCGCGCGCCGCCGCCUACGACCUGCUGGUGGAGACGGUGAAGGGCUCGGUGGAGAACUACCGGCUGCUGCACAACUGGGUCAUGUCCCAGCACAUGCAGGCCUCCCACGCCCCCUACAAGUGGGACUACUGGCCCCACGACGACGUGCGGGCCGAGUGUCGCUUCGUGGGCCUCACCAACCUGGGGGCCACCUGCUACCUGGCCUCCACCAUCCAGCAGCUCUACAUGAUCCCUGAGGCCAGGCAGGCCGUGUUCACCGCCAAGUACGCAGAAGAGAUCAAGCACAAGACCACUCUACUGGAGCUCCAGAAAAUGUUCACCUAUCUGAUGGAGAGUGAGAGGAAGGCGUACAACCCGCGCCCCUUCUGCAAGACUUACACCAUGGACAAGCAGCCCCUCAACACGGGCGAGCAGAAGGACAUGACCGAGUUCUUCACCGACCUCAUCACCAAGAUCGAGGAGAUGUCCCAUGAUCUGAAAAACACAGUGAAGACACUGUUCGGGGGGGUCAUCACCAACAAUGUGGUCUCCCUGGACUGUGACCACGUCAGCCAGACAGCUGAGGAGUUCUACACCGUCAGGUGCCAGGUGGCUGACAUGAAGAACAUCUACGAGUCCCUGGAUGAGGUGACCAUCAAGGACACCCUGGAGGGGGACAACAUGUACACCUGCUCCCAGUGUGGGAAGAAGGUCCGAGCAGAGAAGAGGGCGUGCUUCAAGAAGCUUCCGCGCAUCCUGAGCUUCAACACCAUGCGCUACACCUUCAACAUGGUGACCAUGAUGAAGGAGAAGGUCAACACGCACUUCUCCUUCCCGCUGCGCCUGGACAUGACCCCCUACACCGAGGACUUCCUCAUGGGCAAGGGCGACAGGAAGGAGGGUUUCCGGGAGGAGGGCGAGAGCAAGGUGGCGGAGAGCUACGAGUAUGACCUCAUCGGCGUGACGGUCCACACGGGCACGGCCGACGGCGGCCAUUACUACAGCUUCAUCCGGGACAUCGUCAACCCCCACGCCUACAAGAACAACAAGUGGUACUUGUUCAACGACGCGGAGGUGAAGCCUUUCGACUCCGCCCAGCUGGCGUCGGAGUGCUUCGGUGGAGAGAUGACGACCAAGACGUACGAUUCGGUCACGGACAAGUUCAUGGAUUUCUCCUUUGAGAAGACCCACAGUGCCUACAUGUUGUUCUAUAAGAGGGUGGAGCUGGAGGAGGAGAACGGGAAGGACUUCAACUUCGACGUGUCUCCCGAUCUGCUGGAGUGGAUCUGGCACGACAACAUGCAGUUCCUGCAGGACAAGAACAUAUUCGAACACACCUAUUUUGGCUUCAUGUGGCAGCUCUGCAGCAGCAUCCCCAGCACUUUACCAGACCCCAAAGCCAUCUCCCUCAUGACCGCCAAGCUGAGCACUUCGUUUGUUCUGGAGACCUUCAUUCACUCCAAGGAAAAGCCCACCAUGUUGCAGUGGAUCGAGUUGCUGACCAAGCAGUUUAACAACAGCCAGGCAGCCUGUGAGUGGUUUCUGGACCGCAUGGCUGAUGACAACUGGUGGCCCAUGCAGAUCCUCAUCAAGUGCCCCAAUCAGAUUGUCCGACAGAUGUUCCAGAGGCUGUGCAUCCACGUGAUCCAGAGGCUGAGGCCCGUGCACGCUCACCUCUACCUGCAGCCUGGCAUGGAGGACGGCUCGGACGACAUGGAUGGGCCGGUGGAGGACAUCGGCAGCCGCUCGUGUGUGACGCGCUUCGUCAAGACGCUGCUGUCCAUCAUGGAGCACGGCGUGAAGCCCCACAGCAAGCACCUGACGGAGUACUUCGCCUUCCUCUACGAGUUUGCCAAGAUGGGAGAGGAGGAGAGUCAGUUCCUGCUGUCCUUGCAAGCCAUCUCCAUCAUGGUCCACUUCUACAUGGGCACCAAGGGCCCUGAGACUGACCUCUCCCCCAUGUUCCCACAGCCCCAGGUGGAGGUACUGUCUGAGGAGGAGGGAGAAGAGGAGGACGAGGAGGAGGACAUCCUGUCGCUGACGGAGGAGAAGUACCGUCCGGCCGCCCUGGAGAAGAUGAUCGCGCUCAUCGCCCUGCUGGUGGAGCAGUCGCGCUCGGAGAGACACCUGACUCUGUCCCAGAGUGACAUGGCCGCCCUCACCGCAGGGAAGGGCUUCCCCUUCCUCUUCCAGCACAUCAGAGACGGCAUCAACAUCCGGCAGACCUGCAACCUCAUCUUCAGCCUCUGUCGCUACAACAACCGCCUGGCUGAGCAUAUUGUGUCCAUGCUUUUCACUUCCAUUGCCAAGCUCACUCCUGAGGCGGCCAACCCCUUCUUCAAGCUGCUCACCAUGCUGAUGGAGUUUGCUGGCGGCCCUCCUGGCAUGCCCUCCUUCGCUUCCUACAUACUGCAGAGGAUCUGGGAGGUGAUUGAGUACAACCCGUCCCAGUGUCUGGACUGGCUGGCAGUGCAGACCCCCAGGAACAAGCUGGCCCACAGCUGGGUGCUGCAGAACAUGGAGAACUGGGUGGAGCGCUUCCUCCUGGCCCACAACUACCCCCGCGUCCGCACCUCCGCGGCCUACCUCCUGGUCUCCCUCAUCCCCAGCAACUCGUUCCGCCAGAUGUUCCGCUCCACGCGCUCCCUGCACCUGCCCACGCGCGAGCUGCCGCUGUCGGCCGACACCACGGCCGUGCUGCACCAGGUGUACACGCUGCUGCUGGGCCUGCUGGGCCGCGCCAAGCUGUACGUGGACGCGGCCGCCCACGGCACCACCAAGCUGGUGCAGUACUUCAGCUUCAUGACCUACUGCCUCAUCUCCAAGACGGAGAAGCUCAUGUUCUCCGCCUACUUCAUGGACCUGUGGAACCUCUUCCAGCCCAAGCUGUCGGAGCCGGCCAUCGCCACCAACCACAACAAGCAGGCGCUGCUCUCCUUCUGGUACAAUGUGUGCGCCGAGUGCCCGGAGAACGUGCGCCUGGUGGUGCAGAACCCGGCCGUCACCAACAACAUCGCCUUCAACUACAUCCUGGCCGACCACGACGACCAGGAGGUGGUGCUGUUCAACCGCGGCAUGCUGCCCGCCUACUACGGCAUCCUGCGGCUGUGCUGCGAGCAGUCGCAGGCCUUCACCCGCCAGCUGGCCUCGCACCAGAACAUCCAGUGGGCCUUCAAGAACCUGACGCCGCACGCCAGCCAGUACCCCGGGGCGGUGGAGGAGCUGUUCAACCUGAUGCAGCUGUUCGUGGCGCAGCGCGCCGAGCCGGCCGAGCUGAGGGAGGAGGAGCUGGAGGACGUGAAGCAGUUCAAGAAGACCACCAUCAGCUGCUACCUCCGCUGCCUGGACGGACGCUCCUGCUGGACCACCCUGAUCAGUGCCUUCCGUGUUUUACUGGAGAACGACGAGGACAGACUGCUAGUGGUCUUCAACCGAGGACUAAUAUUGAUGACUGAGUCCUUCAACACACUACACAUGAUGUACCACGAGGCCACCGCCUGUCAUGUGACCGGGGACCUGGCUGAGCUGCUGUCCAUCUUCCUGUCCGUCCUCAAGGCCACGCGGCCCUACCUGCAACGCAAAGAUGUGAAGCAGGCUCUGAUCCAGUGGCAGGAGAGGAUCGACUUUGCCCACAAACUGCUCACCCUCCUCAACUCCUACAGCCCCCCCGAGCUCCGCAACGCCUGCCUGGACGUCCUGAAGGAGCUGGUGCUGCUCAGUCCCCAUGACUUCCUGCACACCCUGGUGCCCUUCCUGCAGCACAACCACUGCACCUACCACCACAGCAACAUCCCCAUGUCGUUUGGGCCCUACCUGCCCUGCAGAGAGAACAUCAAGCUGAUGGGGGGCAAGAACAACAUCCGCCCCCCCCGGCCUGAACUCAACAUGUGCCUCCUGCCCUCUAUGGUGGAGACGAGCAAGGGAAAGGACGAGGUGUAUGACAGGAUGCUCCUAGAUUACUUCCUGUCCUACCACCAGUUCAUCCACCUGCUGUGUCGGGUCGCCAUCAACUGCGAGAAGUUCACCGAGACCCUGGUCAAACUAAGUGUCUUGAUAGCCUACGAGGGCUUGCCUCUUCACUUGGCCCUCCUCCCCAAGCUCUGGACCGAGCUGAGUCAGUCUCAGUCGGCGCUGGCCAAGACGUGUGUGAAGCUGCUGUGUGAGGACCCGGCCUUCGGCGAGUACAUCAAGUGCAUCCUGAUGGACGAGAGGACCUUCCUCAACAACAACACGGCCUACUCCUUCCUCAGCAGCUUCCUCCACAAGGUGCAGAACCAGGUGCUGUCGGGCCCCAGCUGUGCCAACCUCACCAGCCUGCUGGUGACCAACCUGCUGAACGAGUACCGCAGCCUGCAGCCUGAGCUGGCUGCCCACCACCAGGAGCUGAGCAAAACCAGCGGGCUCCUCAACGCCGACUUGCGAGUGUUGGCGCUGAUGUUGUCGGUCCACACCCCCCAGGCCCUGGACCCGGCCCUGGGUCCCGCCCUGCAGGAGCUGCUGGCCAUGUGCCAGGCCUGCGUCCAGCAACGCAGCGCUCUGGAGCAGGAGGCCAAGGAGCGCAAGGCCAAAGCGGAGGAGGAAGGCGCCACACCAGUGAAGCGCCGGCGGAUGAGCAGCGACGACGACCGCCCCGUGGAGGGAACCAGUGUGGGCACGGGUGGGGGUGGCUCCUUGCCUGUCUGCGCCCCCUCCACCUCAGCCUCCACGCUGCCCCCGUGUGCUGAUCUGAAGCCCGAGCCCCCGGAGGCCCUGACGCCCGCCAGCACCUCCGACACGGAGACCCGGGACUCCUCCUCCCUCAUUGACCCCGGCACUGAGCACGACCCGCCCUCGCCAGACCCUGCCGUCACCGUCGCGGCCAACAACAACAACAGUGCCGCCGUUGACUCCUCCCCCAAGGAGGAGAAAAUGGAGGCCUCCUCGUCCUCCUCUUCUUCCUCGUCCUCGUCCUCCUCGUCUUCGGUCCCGGAGAGCGGCGAGCCGUACGGACGAGGGCAGGAGGCGCACUCGUCCCAGUCUCAGCAGAUGGCGAUGGGAGGAGAGGAGGAGGAGAGGCGGAGGAGGGGAGGGGAAGCCACUUCGGCGGCGACAGAGGAGACGAGGGAUGAGGAGGCGGGCCCUAAGACUUGCGGCGGCUCGGCCACACCCACCUCGGAGGAGCCGGCCUUCCCGUCUCCCCUGGGCCUGGUUGGGGAGGGGCCAGAGACUCCGGGAUGCAAUAGCCACGCCCCCUCUCAGGCUCUAUCGAACGCUGCCCCGCCCCCAGACACGCUGGACAUGCUCUACAGGACGGUGGAGGCCACCAUCGCCGUGGUUACCAAACUAUCCGGGAAAGGGCCCUGCCCGUCCUCGUCAUGACAUCCUCACCAUCAUCCAAGGCGCCACAUGCUCUUUUAAAAAUAAUUCUCCUUUUUCCGCAUUCUUUUUUUUUUUUUUUUUUUUUUUAAGAAUUAUGCUCUUUGUUAACACUUCCUUUCCCUACUUUUGUGUUUAUCUUCUGUCGGCUCCUCUCUGCCCUUUGGGCUCUGCUGCCGAUGCCAGUCCAACGUGCAUACGGUCGCUCACUUGACCUCGUCUCCUCUGCAGCUUCGAUGGCAGCCGCAGUGUACAGUACCUUCCGAGAACAACCUCGGACAAAAACAUGCACAGCCUACAAUCCACCGGGAUGAAAAGAUAGUUAUACGAGCUAUAGCACAUUUUUUUUUACGAGCAAAAAAAGAACAGACAUUCAUUUUCUUCUUUUUUUUUUUACUGAUUUCUGAGUUCCAUUUGAAGUGAUUUAUUUGUUUUAAGGUUGCUGUAACGGGGAAAGGUUUACAGAAAAUUUUAGUCUCUUCUGUAUGUAAUUUAAUUUUAUUGCAUUUUUACUGUGUAUAAAAUUGUGUCCUCCGUGCCAGUUUUGUACUUAUUGACGAGGCAAAACUUGCCUUGCUUCUUUCUGUGGUUAAUAUCCAAACUAAGUUUACUUGUACAUUAAAAGAGAACCACAAGAAACUUGAUUCUGUAAAGAAUCCUCUCUAGUUGUUGCCUGAAGGUGUAUAUGAAAACUAUAUAUAUAUAUAUAUAUAAAUAACUUUAUAUAUAUAUGGAAUAUAUAAAAUGGUGCUUUAUUUAACACGAUAUCUGUGGUUGAAAUAAAGCACACUUGAUGUAACAGUUGGAGCUUUAUUUUAUUUACUGAAAUACAUUCCAUAAUCUAUUAUGUCA